AUGGCUGCCCCCGAUCCCGUGCUGCCCCCCGAGGAGGUGGCCUUGCUGGAGCUGGGCAAGGUGGUCCUGGACAAGGUGCCACCAGCCCCAGCUGAACCCCCGGAGGACCCUGAUGCCACCCUGCCGUGGGACCAGUGCCAGCACAGCACCCGUGGGCAGCCCGAGCCCGUGGAGCCCAAGAGACGCUCCAGCCCUGAGGGGGGACGCGAGGACCCCGAGGAAGCUGUUCCCCCCUGCCCCCCGGCUGAGGCUGAGGAUGAGGAAGGCCCUGGGCUGCCCGUGAUGGCAGCCCAUGUCUUCGUGCCCAUCGACCCCCAGUGCAUCGAGCAGAGCCCCUGCAAGCAGAAGCAGCAGCACUCCACGCCGUGGCCCCGGGAGGAGGGCAGGGAGGGUCAUGUCCUUCCCAGGGACAGACCCAGCAGCCUCCACCACAAGCAGGUUCUCCUCCCCAUGGUGCCCUCCCGCUACAGAGACCCUCUGGGCUUUGAGGGGCACAUGGCCAAGGCCCUGGAAGAGAGGUCACAGUUCCCCUGCGCCAGGGACUGUGGCACUGACAACCUCAAGGCCAUGGCCUCGGUGGCAGGAGCUCUGCUGCUCUGCCCCUGCCUCAUCUACGGGGCCUACAUCUUCCUGCCCUUCGAUGCCCCUUUGCUGCCCACCGUCAGCGCCCGCCUGGUCUACACCCUGCGCUGCGCCGCCUUCGCCACCUUCCCCGUCGUGCUGGGGAUGAUUGUCAGCGGCAUCUCCCGGCUCUGCUCCUCCGCCCUGGAGCCCUUUGGGGAGCUGCAGAGGGAGGUGGAGAUCCAUCGCACCUAUGUCUCCCAGUCCAUCCACCUCUUCAUCCUCUACUUCUUCAACAUGGCUGUGUUGGUCACUUACCUCCCUCAGGAGCUGCUCAAGCUCAUUCCACUGCUCACAGGGCUCUUCGCCAUCUCCCGGUUGAUUUUCUGGCUGUCCUAUGCCAUGGGACGCUCCUUCCGUGCCUUUGGCUUCUGCAUGACCUUCCUGCCCCUCCUGGCCAUGCUGCUGUGGAACCUGUAUGGCAUGUUUGUGCUGGAGCCUGAGAACCUCCUCGCCGUGGCGGCGGCAAAGCCCGAGGGACACACCAGGGAGAGCGGAGCCAAGCUCCGGCACUGGGGGUGA